AUAUAAGUAGUUUUUUUUUUUUUUAAUGUUUAGCGCUGUAGGAAUUUUAAGUAAGGUGUUUUGCAAAAUAAUAAUAAUGAAAAAUAUUGGAUCAGAAUAGGACCAACGUUAGCAGAACUAAAAAUGCAGAAAACAUUAACCAAACUGGUAUUCGUUUUGCACAAAUGGGCUUUUAUUUAUUAUCCCUGCUGCUUAAAUUGUUUAGUAGUUUCAUGAAUCAAUGAAGUCCAGAUCAAAAACUGCUUUUAAAGAGUAUUUGACCUUUAAUGGUCUCUUUCCUCUAAAACUCCCUCAAUGGGUUUCAAACUUACAUGAUUGGUUCCCAUUGUCUAGAACUGCUUAUUUUCUCAAACUAAUAAUAAUAAAAAGAGCCGGAAAGGAAACAAAGGAAACAGUCAGGGUGUAGUUCAAACAUUGAGCGGUUGGCGGCGGCGCAUGUGAUUGGCUCUCAUUCCGCUCGUGAUGCUUUGAGUUGUCCAAUGAAAUACAAGUUUAUGGGUUUGGCCUAUUACAAGAGGCAAUCAGAUAGUCCUCUAUCUGUUUGAAAAUUAGCAUGGGCUCACUAUAAAUGCCUUUGUAUCGGUUCUGACUUUACAUUGCUUUGUGAAGUCUCCGGUAAAGUAGCGUCAUGCCUGAACCAGCUAAGUCCGCGCCUAAGAAGGGCUCAAAGAAGGCCGUCACGAAGACUACCGGUAAGGGAGGAAAGAAGCGCAAGAGGUCCAGGAAGGAGAGUUACGCUAUCUACGUCUACAAAGUCUUGAAGCAGGUUCAUCCUGACACCGGUAUUUCUUCCAAAGCGAUGGGCAUCAUGAACUCUUUCGUCAACGACAUCUUCGAGCGCAUCGCCGGUGAGUCGUCUCGUCUCGCUCACUACAACAAGCGCUCCACCAUCACUUCUAGAGAGAUCCAGACCGCCGUGCGUCUGCUGCUGCCCGGAGAGCUGGCCAAACACGCCGUGUCCGAGGGCACCAAGGCAGUGACCAAGUACACCAGCUCCAAGUAGAGAUCCAACCUAGACUCCCAACAACCCAAAGGCUCUUUUAAGAGCCAUCCAUUUUCUCGUUAAAGAGCUUGUUUGUAGAAUCUGUUGCAAACUAAAAAUAAGCAUCUAAAGACUGAGUUGGAAAUGGGUAGAUUUUCUAAACGUCUUUAUGACUAUUCAAUCCGUGUCUCAUUCAAAGCUAGUUUUCGUAGUUAUCUUUUCUGUUUUGCAAAAAUGACGACGUAGUUUAAGAACGCUUUAUAGUUUAAUUCUUUAUUUUUAUUUUAACUAUUGUAAUUGAAUGAAGAGAAUUUAAGUAUAAUUAAACUUAUUUUCUUGCUAUAUAUUUUGGGGGGGAAAAAAAACACCCAGUUUAAGGGGUUUGGAAUGACGUGGAAAGUUGUUCAAUGUGCGACAAAUUAAUUUAAAUACACGCAUAUGAAAUCUCGAUUUUUAGUCCUCAAAUAAUAAUUUCCAAAUUGUGUACUUUUCUGUUAAAGCACUUCAAAAUUUGAGCUCAUCAUGAGAAAUCUACAUAUUAAUGGGAAUUAAGUUUACUAUAUAUAUUUACAAAGCAUGUGAUAUAUGGUUUGUUACUGUAGACGGGAGCAUUUGAGUCGACUUCUGAUUAAUUUUAAUGUUCUGUGCUAAUAAAACAUUAUUUUAGUGAAAUGUACUUGCCAGGAGGGUGUUUUUACAAUAAAGUCUGAUAAUAAAUAUUUC